AUGACAGAGCAGCCGGGCUAUCCAUCCAAGCCCCAGCCCCGGCCCCAGCAGCCGGGCUAUCCAUCCAAGCCCCAGCCCCGGCCCCAGCAGCCGGGCUAUCCAUCCCAGCCCCAGCCCAAGCCGCAGCAGCCCGGCUACCCGCCCAAGCCGCAGCAGCCCGGCUACCCGCCCAAGCCGCAGCAGCCCGGCUACCCGCCCAGUGGCAAUUUUGGCUGGCGUCUUCCUGCUAAGACUGAAGCUGCACCCAGCACAGGGGGUUCAACAGGUAUGACCGGGGCCCACCAAAACUACUGGAGUAAAAGAUUUGGCUACAACUGAUACCUUGGACCAUGGGCUUUGGAGUUGACACUUGUGCCUUGAGUCUUUGUGGAAAUAAAAUGCAUUUUGUACUA